AUGCAUUUAUCACUGGAUAGCAUGAACAUGGUGGACGAAGGUUGCCUCUCGCCCAAUAAUUUCCAUGAGAUGGUUAAAGGAGGUGGGGCGGCUGUGGGAACCCGAGUCCACAGCAUUGAUGUCAUCCUAGGCUUCAGUAAGGAGCAGGACCCCUCGCUUAACUCCUCUGGACAUGUUGGGCCCCAUAAAGUUGGAGUGGAGGGCCUAGGAGACCCCAGAAAACAGGACCAAACCCACUCAUAUGGACACCUCUCCAGUCUGAGGGACAAUCCUGAGCAGCCCUCUUUUCAUGAUCCAGAGAUGUACUCGAACAAGUGUGAGGUGGGCAUGAAUGAGCUCCACAAGGGCCUCGACAGCGAGGCCAAAUCCCCGGAGCCUGCCGACGAGGAGCAGCCCAAGAAGAAGCACAGGCGCAACCGCACCACCUUCACCACCUACCAGCUGCACGAGCUGGAGCGUGCCUUCGAGAAGUCCCACUACCCCGACGUUUACAGCCGCGAGGAGCUGGCCAUGAAAGUUAACCUCCCCGAAGUCAGAGUGCAGGUGUGGUUCCAGAAUCGCAGAGCCAAGUGGCGACGCCAGGAGAAGAUGGACGCGAGCAGCAUGAAGCUCCACGACUCUCCGGUGCUGUCCUUCAAUCGGCCGCCCAUGCACGCCAACAUGGGACAGGUGACCAACUCUCUGCCCCUGGACCCGUGGCUGACAUCCCCGCUGACCAGUGCCACGCCGGUGCACAGCAUCCCAGGGUUCAUGGGCCCGUCGCAGGGCCUUCAACCAGGAUAUACGAGCCAUGGCUUCCUCAACACCCCUCAGCCCAUGGGCCAAGCGAUGCAGACAAUGGCCCCGCCACCGUACCAGUGCCCUGCACCUUUCACUGAUAAGUACCCGCUGGAGGAUGUGGAUCAGCGAAGCUCCAGUAUUGCCUCUUUGAGGAUGAAAGCCAAGGAACACAUUCAGUCCAUGGACAAGACGUGGCAACCCAUGUGA